CCCAUCUCUAUGACAACCUCAGCCAGCAGCUAGUAUGGCUGCCACGGGUUUGUCCAGUGAUAUGACGACACUUCCGGUUCAUGCCCAGCUUCCGCCAGUGCCUUCCUGCCGGCGGCGUUCUCUUGCCGGUACACAGAGAGGAUGACCUCGUUACGAGCCUUCAACUGCGAUGAUCUGUUUCGGUUCAACAACAUAAAUUUGGAUCCUCUCACAGAAACUUAUGGGAUCCCUUUCUACUUGCAGUAUCUGGCACACUGGCCGGAAUAUUUUAUAGUUGCAGAGGCUCCAGGGGGAGAACUCAUGGGUUACAUAAUGGGGAAAGCUGAAGGCUCAGUGGCCAGAGAAGAGUGGCAUGGACACGUCACCGCUCUCUCCGUAGCACCUGAAUUCCGGCGUCUAGGCCUAGCUGCUAAAUUAAUGGAACUUCUGGAAGAGAUCUCUGAAAGGAAAGGAGGAUUUUUCGUGGAUCUUUUUGUUAGAGUCUCCAAUCAGGUGGCAGUCAACAUGUAUAAACAGCUGGGUUACAGUGUUUACAGGACAGUGAUAGAGUAUUACUCAGCCAGCAAUGGGGAGCCAGAUGAGGAUGCCUAUGAUAUGAGGAAAGCACUAUCAAGAGACACAGAGAAAAAGUCCAUUAUACCUCUACCUCAUCCUGUGCGGCCAGAAGACAUUGAAUAACCUUAGCUGUGGUUCCUGGGCGAAGUAAUGAAGACUAUCUACAUAUUCUGUAGCAAUGCCUUUUAGUUAUCGCUUUGUGCUUAUUACAAACUAAACACUGAAAAAUUAAUUUAUUAUGGUAUUUACUUGACAUAUUUCUAUUAAACUAUGGUCAAGCAAAUUAUUUUGUUUAAUGUAAAUGUAGAUUUACUAAAGCUUCUAAAAAUGAAAAUGAUGGUGUUGGCCUUACCAACCUCAGAUUGUCUUUCGUUUUCUAGGAUGCAAUAGAGAAAUGAUCGCUAGAAUCUGAUUAGUCGCUAUGGGUAACACCACCAUUCUUCAUUUGUAGAAGGUUUAAUAAGUGUACACCUUAAUGUAGACUGCAGAAAUGCCAAACAUUUGUUUUUUGUCUGUGAUUUUUUUUUUGAGAGAGGGUGUCCUGUUUAUAUUGUAUCGUUUCUACAGUCUUUCUGGAUUUUUGCAUUGAAAGUUUUCAUUUAAAAAGUACUACUUGUGUGUAUGUAUAUGUGCACACGUGUGCAUAUAUACACACCACUUUGCCCAAGAACCAUAAUGUAAAUAUAGCUUACAGAUGUUAUGCACUGAUCUUUAAUGCCCUGCAAUACGCUCCUAUAUAUAGGAGUUAAUGACGCUGUAUACAGCUGAUGUGUUAAACAAUAGUUAAAACAUGCUGCUGUUCUGGAGACUACAAUUACAUUAUUUAUGUUGA